AAAUGGGCCCCCCUAAGGCGCUCGAAGUCCGAGCAGCAGCCCAGCCUACCGCUGCUCCGCCUCACUGUCGGCGGCGUGCUGAGGAAAGCUGCCGGCGGUGUUUGUUGCCGCAGCGGCCAUGAGGUGAUGACGGCGACGCACGGCACGUAAGCUGCACUCGCUGUCAUCCUUUCUGUUCGGCGCCGAGCGCCUCGAUCCCGCGCGUCUCUUCCGAAGAAGAUGACGACGAUGCGGCAACUUGAGGCGCGUCGCCACGUUCGCCAUCGCCUUUCGAGUGAAUCGAGGGGCAGGAGCACCAAGCCCACGCAGGGCGACCGGUGAUGGAGAACGCGGGCAUCGUCUUCCUUAAUUUUCGGCAUGAGAAGUUGAGGGCGGCGCGCGCGGCAUGGAGAACGCGGGCGUCGUCUUCCUUGAUUUUCGGCUGCUCCAACGCACGCGGCGGCGCAAGGAUGUACAUUGACAGGAAGUGCCCAUUCACAGGAACUGUUUUAUCAGAGGCAGAAUUAAUGCUGGAACAUGCCACAAUGCGAAGAUGAAUAGGACUGUCAUUGUCCGCAGGAACUGUCUCCAUUUUGUAGAAAUAUCAGAGGUAUGAGAAGAGGCACCCCAGCAUUUCUCCUCACAUUUCUCCUUUCUUCCGGGUCAAGGAAGGAGACCAUGUCAUCAUUGGCCAGUGCAGGUAUUGCUUUCUAGCUGAUGUACUUCCUCCAUUCUAAUGAACAAGGUGCUCACACAUCCCAAAAUUUAACUUUGACCGUAAAUUAGACCAACCAAAUAUGGGCUAUAUGUAAUAAAAAUUAUACCGUUGAAUUUGUAUUGGAAAGAAGUGUUCAAUGGUAUAAUUUGUAAGAUACAAAAAAAUCAAAUUAUUGAUGUAAUUUACGGUCAAAGUUGAUUUUUCGGAAGUGUGUGCCUUAUUCAUUGGGAUGGAGGGAGUAUUGUCUGGUUCUUUAUGAUUUCAAUUCUGUUGGCCCACCGUAAAAUUACUUGGGAAUGUGAGGCUUAAAAGUUUCAACCCCGUGCAAGGACUCCAAAGGUAUGUCAGUCUUCUGCUUGCUUUAAAAUGAUUUUACAAAUGAAGGGAAACAUGAAUUCUUUUGUUUCUUGACUUAUACUUAACAUUCUAUGGGAAAAUAGUUUGUCAUUUCCCCAUUGGGGUUGUAGUCCUUGAUGUAUGCGUUGUAUUGCCAUUGUCAUAACCAAGCAACCUUAAAUAUUAUUUUUUAUUUUCUUGGGAUGAAAAUACUCUUAUGUGACAACCGUAAGUUUAUUAAAUGCACAACGGGGUUUCAGAAACUGGGUGGUUACUUUUAUUUCUUCACAACAAAUUACCGUGAUUCCAGGAACUGUUGGAUACCAGUCCCCUGCUUGUUCGGAUUCCUGAACUGGGGGACUGGACUUCCAUUCGAUGCUGAUAUUUUUUGUACUGUAUGUGCUGCAGGCCUUUGUCGAAAACUGUGAGGUUCAACCUCCUUAAAGUCAUUCCACCUGUGUCCACAGGCGGCACUGGAAAGAAAACAUUCACGGCAGCUUGAGCUUGUCAAAAUUAGUAUAGGUAUAGUCGUAUUAGAUAAAAGUGCCCACUUAGAAUUCGUCUAGCUUUGGUGUUUUGACAUCUGGUGCGAGAUGUUGAGCCCUCUGUCAUUUAUCUGAAUACGCGCAUUAAAUGCAUCCGUGCAAGUCUGGUCAUGCAAAUUGUGGCAGUUGUUGCCCAGUGGUUGGCUGGUCCUAUGGGCUAUGGCAGGCACACUAUGAACCUUAUUUGAAGCAAUAGCAUCUAUAUUCUGUUUAUCUCUGUCUUGUGAUGGUGACGUGCUAUUUCUUUGGUUUACAUCUUAUUGGGAUUAAGGUAACAAAACCUUUUUGCCGACCUCACAAUUGGUCUUAUUUUUUUCUUUCUUCUGUUUAUAUGGUUAACCGCGGAUGUCAAAACUACUUGAAUAUAUUCAUCUUGUUAUCUGUUGUCCGAAAGAGAUCAUCAUCCUCACACCUCUUUCGCAUGAUCUCAUGGUUUCCUCUUUUGGAUAUGGGCAUUUGCUAAUUGUCGCGGCGAACCAACCUUUGAAGCAACUACUUGAUCAGAUAAUGCCUGGAUUCUGACAGUGACAUGAACCUACCUUUUCAUUUCAGGAAAUGCUUCAUUGUUUAGAUGAUAGCUGUUCCUGUGGGCUACUGGCUUGUGCGGGCGUCUCAAGCUUGAAGAAAGGAGAUCGGUUGUUUGCAAGGCAUGCAAUUUAGGCUGCUUCUUAAAGCGCAUUUGAUCCUGUUAAAAUGCCCUCAGACCCAUCUCAUAUUCCGAAGCAAUAGUGAGACUUCCAGCCAUACAGAUGAGCGCCAAAGCCAUCUCCCUCUAUUGCUGUGUACCUGCUGCAUUUCUGCUCUUCUUUGCCCAUCUCAAUAACCCAACCACUUCAUUCGUUCGAGCUCUGCUUGAUCUUGCAACACCACUCCUUCCAUUUAAUUUCCUUACAGUUCAUUAUUUUUCUAACUAUCAUCGCCAUCGUGGUUCGUAUGACCCGCUCUGUGAUGAUUUCCCGCCAGACUUCCCACCGCCUAACACCGCAGCAACAUCGAUCUUCUGUGUCGAUCCCAACGGCUGCUGCGACUUCACCACAGUGCAGUCCGCGGUUGAUGCUGUGCCAAGAUCCAGCCAAAAGAGGAACGUUGUGUGGAUCAACAAGGGCAUCUAUUUUGAGAAAGUAACAGUCCCUGCUACAAAGCCCAACAUCACAUUUCAGGGGCAGGGAUUUGAUCUGACGGCAAUCAUGUGGAACGACACCGCCAACUCAUCACAUGGAACCUUCUACAGCGCUUCGGUUUCUGUUUUCGCAGCCGGCUUUGUCGCGAAGAACAUCAGCUUCAUUAAUGUAGCACCAAUUCCAAGACCCGGAGAUGUCGGUGCUCAGGCGGUCGCUCUGAGGAUCGGCGGUGACCAGGCGGCAUUCUGGGGCUGUGGCUUCUUUGGGGCACAAGAUACACUGCACGAUGAUCGGGGCCGGCAUUACUUCAAGGAAUGUUUCAUUCAGGGCUCCAUCGACUUCAUCUUCGGAGAUGCUAGGUCACUCUAUGAGAACUGCAGAUUGAUUUCCAUAGCAGAUCCUGUGCCUGCAGGGGUGAGAUCCAUCACAGGUUCAGUUACUGCACAUGCCCGGGAAUCCAACCAAGAAAACACCGGGUAUUCAUUUGUCAACUGCAGCAUCGGUGGCACCGGGUGGAUAUGGCUCGGGCGAGCGUGGAGACCUUACUCCCGUGUUGUAUUCGCAUACACUUCGAUGUCAAAUAUCAUCGCCUCCGAUGGAUGGAAUGAUUGGAAUGAUCCUUCAAGAGAUCAGUAUGCCUCUCCUGUACUGCUAGUGUUUUCUGGAAUCAAUUCAGAAUGCACGCUAACAUCGGUUUGUUCUAUGAUUUCCAUUGCCAGGAGUGUGUUUUAUGGAGAGUACAAGUGUACAGGCGAUGGCGCACACCUGGCGGGCAGAGUGCCGUACGCUCUUGAGCUCAGCGACGUGCAAGCAUUGCCUUACUUGAACACAUCUUUUAUCGACGGUGAUCUAUGGCUGAAACCAUACUGCGACUCACUAAUAUCUGCAUGAAGUCAUAAAUUCCCAGUUUAAAGUUAUGUAGCAUUGUAUCACAGACAAGCAAAAGGAACAAGUUAGCACAAAUCCAUUUGUUGGAUUCUCUCACAUACCAUAUAGUACAUUAAAUCACCUGGGAAAAGUACAUCAUUUGGAAUUUCAGAAAUGUAUUGAUUUCGACAAAGAUUGGAUUGUCCUCUGUCACUAA